CUCUGACGUCCAUAUGCCCCUGACCAGUGACGAAAGCGGGUCCUUUAAAAGGCAUCUUUAAAAAAUUACUAAUGAACGGGGGAUAAAACUGUACACCUGCUGCUCUCCAUCUACACCUGGAAUCUGUUCUGGGUUUGGAAUAUUUCGACUUCUACUUUAUAGUGUCCUGCGUUCUUAGGCAACUCUCCAAGAACUUGUUCCAAAGGUUUUCAAUGCAACACUGAUCUGCGCAGGCAGUUUGGUCUCCAUUUGAAGAUGGCAAUCCACGUGGAAGGGCUGGUAGCAAUAAUUCUGUUCUAUCUACUCAUUCUGUUUGUUGGAAUAUGGGCUGCGUGGAAAAACAAAAACUCCGGAAUGGCAGCAGGGACAGAUCGCAGUGAAACAAUCAUGGUUGGUGGGAGAGAUAUAGGGUUAUUUGUUGGGGGAUUUACAAUGACAGCUACAUGGGUCGGCGGAGGAUAUAUCAAUGGGACUGCAGAAUAUGUAUAUUUACCUGGGUUUGGACUAGCCUGGGCUCAGGCUCCAUUCGGAUACGCGCUUAGCCUGAUAGUAGGUGGUAUGUUUUUUGCUAAACCAAUGCGCUCCAGGGGCUACGUUACCAUGCUGGACCCGUUUCAGCAGAUCUACGGCAAAAGAAUGGGAGGGCUACUCUUCAUCCCCGCUCUCAUGGGAGAGAUCUUCUGGUCAGCAGCUAUCCUGUCAGCACUAGGUGCAACUCUGAGUGUGAUAGUGGACAUGAAUAUCAACACGUCAGUCAUUGUCUCUGCUCUCAUAGCAAUCUUUUACACUCUGGUCGGAGGGUUGUAUUCUGUUGCCUAUACAGAUGUGGUUCAGCUUUUCUGCAUUUUCUUGGGGCUGUGGGUCAGUGUGCCUUUUGCAUUGUCCAAUCCAGCCGUGUCAGAUAUAGGAGUGACCGCUUAUAAAUAUAUUCAUCAAGAGCCGUGGUUGGGAUCCAUCAACUCAUCCGAUAUAUACAUGUGGCUGGACAACUUCUUUUUGUUAAUGUUGGGAGGAAUUCCCUGGCAGGUGUAUUUUCAGCGGGUUCUUUCUGCCUCUUCAGCUACCUAUGCUCAAGUACUGUCCUUCCUGGCUGCAUUCGGCUGUUUAGUGAUGGCUGUGCCAUCUGUUCUUAUUGGCGCAAUAGGUGCCUCUACAGACUGGAAUCAGACUUCGUAUGGGCCUGUGCAGCCGAAGAUGAAGGAGGAGUCGGACAUGAUUCUGCCAAUAGUUCUCCAGCAUCUUUGCCCCUCCUAUAUUUCUUUUUUUGGUCUUGGGGCCGUGUCAGCUGCAGUGAUGUCAUCUGCCGAUUCCUCAAUUCUAUCUGCAAGCUCCAUGUUUGCCCGUAACAUCUACCAGCUUGCAUUUAGACAAACGGCAUCUGAUAGAGAGAUCGUGUGGGUAAUGAGGAUUACCAUUUUCGUGUUUGGAGCCGUGGCGACGGCCAUGGCCCUGUUAACUGGAACAGUGUACGGCCUGUGGUAUUUGAGCUCAGAUCUCGUCUACGUCAUCAUCUUCCCUCAGCUGUUGAGCGUGCUCUUCGUUAAGGGAACAAACACAUAUGGGUCAGUGGCAGGAUAUAUCUUUGGUUUACUGUUGAGGAUCAGUGGAGGAGAACCAUAUCUUAAACUCCCCCCCUUCAUUUACUAUCCCGGCUGGACCGAACAGAUCAAAGAACAUCCUCUAACAGGAGCAGUAGAACACAUCAUUGUUCAGAAAUUCCCAUUCAAAACUAUAUCGAUGUUGUCCUCUUUUUUAGCAAACGUGGCAUUCUCCUACCUAUUUAAGUAUCUUUUUGAAAGUGGUUCACUGGCUCCUAAAUAUGACUUCUUCGAUGCUGUUUUGACAAAGCACAGCAAAGAAAACAUGGAUAAAACCACAUUGGUAAACAGUGACAAUAUCGUACUGUCUGAAUUAGCACCUGUCAAACCAAGACAUAGCAUUGCGGUUGCUGCUGGAUUCGUAAACAAGGAAGCUUUAAGUGAUGAGGAUACUAGCCCAAAUUCGUCAAACAAUGAACAUGACUGAUGCUUCGUCAGGGCUCUGUAGCCUUAAUGGACAAAUAAACCAGUUUAGGUGAAACAUAUAAUGAAGAAGGGUUGUGUUUGGAUCUGGAUAUUCAGUUUUAAUUGCUGCUAUAUAAAUGAAUAGGCAUUGAAAGCAUACCAACUUAAUUAAUUAAUAAUUUGAACCACAUCCAUCUAUUAAAAAGCGCUGUAGGAUGAACUCUAGUGCAAUAUUAGACUGGAAGGUAAUAAUAGCCACCAUCAUGUCUGGAUACAUUGACUUCCAUUUAAAUAGGUAUGUGCAGUUUUCUUUUUCUUUUCUUUAAUAUUUGCUGCAGGGAAUCUGGAACAAUGGAGCAAUAAUAAUGUGAUAAUUUCUACCAACACAUUCACAAGCAAUAGAUUAACGACUAACAAAAAGGACUCCUGUACCUAAUGUACAGUAACAACAUGAACCAACCUGAACAUAAUUCACUAAAGAUUGUUCAGUGUGUUUAACAUUAAUGCCCCUGUUCUAUAAUAACUGCCAUUGUACGUAUACAAAUAUUCUACUUAGGUUUGCAGGAACCACACAUUAAACAGCCAUUUAGACCACAAAUCCUACUGAGGAGCAGAUUGAUAACAAACUACUGUGUAAUUUAAUUGCACUAUUUCCUUGUUUUAUGGCACAUUUAAUCAAACUUCUAGAUAUACUGUUGGUCAAAAUGUUAACAUUUAAAAGUUAAUAGUCAAAACUGUUUAAGACCUUCAUUUAAAAUGUCUAAACAGCGGCUGUAGCUUAACUGAAUGCUGCUCACAGGGAAAGAUCAUGACUGCUGUAUGUUUUAAUCAGUCUCUCCUCUAUGGAUACAAGCCCUUGCAGAGCAGUGGAAUAAGCGUUUCAUUCCAGUAUAUUCUUUUUUUUUUUUGUCAGUGUCCGGCUCUUUGUUUUUCUAUUACUAUGGUUGGAAUUUUACUUUGCAUAUUGUACAGUUGUGGCGUUAUAUUAAUAUUUUUUUUGCUAUUUCAGGGCUAUUGAGUUGAGAAUAGUUAAUAAUAAUGGCCACAGUGUAAUGGACACCUGUGCUGUGGAUAACAAUCUAGUGGACAGCUUGCACAAACGUCAUUACUAUAACUUAUACAAUACAUAAGUAAAAUACAAAUGUUAUAUUUCUUUCUUGCCUAUAUUUCAUAAACAUUUAAUGCAGAAUACAUAUUUCUACCAACGAGAAAUCUUUUCCUAAAGAUGUCAACGUUGACACUUUCUAUGUAGCGAUUAAUCAAAAUAUUAUUAUCUAUACUGUAAACUUGAAUUUGUGCUAAAAACAAAUGCAUCCCGAGACCCGAAGACGAUUCCUUGAGAAGUGUAAGCACCCCUUGGAGCCGCAUAUGUUCAGCAUUCAGAGCAGAGGGGUUACAAUGCUCAUAAUGAAUUGGACCUCUCUUUCCUAGCUAUCCAAGAAAGUAGCUCAGAUUUUGGGAUUAAAUAUCCUGGUCUUUAUUAGAGCUACACUAGCUAAUCAAAACAACAAAACAGCAUAUAUAUAUCUUUAAAUCAAAAUAUAAUUUUUAUAUUAUUAGGGAAGAGGUAAACAUUAAUGUUUUUUGUUUUUUUUACAACUUCAUUCUAUUUAAAACAGUAUAUUCUAUUCAUUUUGACUACAGUAUAAUAAAUGAAGGGUGGCAGCAUACAGAUCUCUGGCUGUUAGAUCAUUAAAAUAGAACCGUUACCUAUGAUUGCAUUGAGCCAGCAGUAUAAAUGUGUAAUUGGUGCCAAAAGCUUCAUCAGUAUUUUCCAAAACAAGAGCAUGGAUAGCUUUCACGUUUAUGAAGAGCCAUGGAGACUUAUGAGUUUUUAUUAUUUGCUUGGUUGAAAAAUAAUUGUUUUCGUUUGUGGAAAAAAAAAAAUCAUUCAAUAUAUUACUGUUUUCAACAAUGUUUUAAUAGUUAAUUUUUGUAUUCACUAGUCAGUGUAUAUCAAACCUGAAUAUUGUGUAUAUUUCAUAGACAAAGCGCCUUAAUCAUAGCCUUCUGGGGACCUAGCCUGAUACUAUGCAAGGUCAAAAUUAGAUGUAUCAGGCACAUCACCAUACUUGUAUAUGAAUCAACUUGAAUGUAAGUCUUCUAAUAAGAAAACAUACUUCACCAAACACAUUUGGAUAAUGUAGUAUUUUCAGUUUGUAUAUUGUUUGGCAAUCAUGUAAUCAUGAGUUUAUGAUUUGAUAAAAAAAACACAAGUUCAAUUUGACUUGGACCAUUUCAAGACGACAUGUUCCUCUAUAGUUAUAGGUGUAGCAAGAACAUGAUAGCUCUGCCUGCAGUUUGGCAGGCAAGUACAGUAUUUGUGAUUAUAUGUUGUAAAUGACAAUGUAUAUUUUUGUCUGUGUCAUAUAUAUUAUAUAGAAAUCUACGAAAAAAAAAUUAAAACAAGACUAUAUAUCAUAUCCACGUACAGUACAUGUUUCAAAUGCUAUCGUACUGUUUUUACAUGUGCCAGUGGAAAUUCGUAAAUAGUGUACAGCCCCUCAGUUAUGUAAGUUCCAUCUACAGAAAUAUAUUUAUUUAUGAGGUGUUCAUAUAAAAAUUGGUGUUUAAAAAGUGAUGUCAUUUGAAUAAAUUCUAUUAUUUAAAAACAGGCUGUUUUGUGUAUGAUUUUUUUUUCUGUUUGAAAGAGGUGGAAAUGAGAAUAAUGUAUCCAGUAGCUAAGAAAGUAGCUCAUAUUGUGGGAUUAACUUUCUUAUGUGCUUAUAAUUGUGAGGUUCUGGAACCAACUCCCCAGUAAUGUUGUUGAAGCUGACACCCUGGGAUCCUUCAAGAAGCUGCUUGAUGAGAUUCUGGGAUCAAUAAGCUACUAACAACCAAACGAGCAAGAUGGGCUGAAUGGCCUCCUCUCGUUUAUAAACUUUCUUAUGUUCUUAUGUUCUAGGCUAACUAUAAACAUCUCUACACGCCUUUUUGUUAAAUGUAUUUUAGCUGAGUUUGUAU